CAUGAACUUUGUGUCGUCUCUUAUCUAUGCUUUCAAUCACUAUUAUUUUUGGCGGGUCAACAAGUCAACACCGGAAAUUAAGCAGAAAAGACAUAAAUCAAACGCGUCAUUUGAUUCAAGUUUCCUUACUAAACCUGGCAGUUUUCCACGCCACAGAAAAAUAAGAAGAAAAUUUGGAUAACUAAAUAGAAACUUUAUUUUUCAUUCUUCUUCUCCAUUUCAGUUUCGAUAUGGUUAUUCAAACUUCACUUCUGUUCUUCUUCACACUUCAUCUAUCAGUAACACUUGUAACUUCAGCAAAAUUAACUAUAAUUAACCAAUGCAAUUACACGGUGUGGCCAGCCUCAUACCCUACCGAUGAAGCCAGUGAAUCACCCACCGGAUUCAUUUUAAAACCCGGCGAGAAUUCCAUAAUCACAACCUCCGAUAAAUGGACCGGCCGCUUAUGGGGCCGGACUCUCUGCAAAACAGAUUCCACCACCGGAAACUUCUCCUGUGUCACUGGCGAUUGCGGCUCAGGAAAGAUUGCAUGUGACAGAAGCGGAUCACCGCCUUUGACGCUGGCGGAGUUCACUUUCAAUGGUCCCACCAGUCAAGAUUUUUACGAUGUCAGUUUAGUUAACGGUUAUAACGUUCCAUUGAAUAUUGUCCCAUUGGAUAGUUCUCGAGUGUGUAACAGCACGGGUUGUCCAUUGGAUAUUGUCCCAUUGGAUAGUUCUCGAGUGUGUAACAGUACGGGUUGUCCAACCGAUCUGAACGCGGUGUGUCCGACGGAGUUGAAGCUAAUGAAAAAUGGGAAAUUCGUGGCGUGUCGGGGUCCCUGUGCUGUUGGGAAUCAUUCAACUGCAGAGACAUGUGGGCCGAGUUUUUAUUCUAAGAUUUUCAAGAAGGCGUGCCCUGAAGCCUUUAGCUAUCCGGAGGAUUCGGCCAGCACGUUCACAUGUUCCGCGACCGAUUACCAGGUCGUCUUUUGUCCCUCCAAUAACACCAGCUUAAAUUCAGUAGAUCAAGGUGGCAGUGUGAGUGUUGGUGAGUCACUUGUUGCGGGUGGUGGAACAGCUAGAUGGCUCUCUCCGUCCGGAGAUUUUGCAUUUGGGUUUUACCAAAUUCCUGGUGAGCUUUUCUUACUAGCUAUAUGGUAUGACAAGGUACAAACUGAUGCAGUCAUUUGGCAUGCAAAUGGAGAUAGCCCUGCACAGAAGGGUUCAAGAUUGGUAUUAAAUGGCUCUAGUGGCUUAGUGCUUACGAACCCUCAAGGUUUAGAGCUAUGGAGAUCGGAUUUCAGAUCAGGUACAAUUUUUAAAGGUAUAAUGAAUGAUGAUGGAAACUUUCAAUUGCAAGACAAAAACUCCGGCACAAUUUGGGACAGGUUUAGUCAUCCUACAGACACCAUUGUACCUAAUCAGGUAAUGGAGUUAAAUGGAAAUCUUUCUUCACGACAAGGAGCGUUUAACUUCUCACGUGGAAGGUUUAAACUUCAUCUACAAGAGGAUGGGAAUCUUGUGCUUAAUCUUAUAAAUUUGCCGAGCAACUACAGUUACUAUCCUUACUACAGUUUUGGCACUAGUGAUGCUAAGAAUCAAACAAAUGUUGGCCAACGCUUGAUAUUUGACAGAUCAGGUUUCUUAUACAUUGAGAAAAAAAGUGGAGAUAAUUUUUCUAUAAGCAACCAGAACGGGACAUUCUCAACCGAUAACUUCUACUACAAGGCAACAAUUAAUUAUGAUGGAGUUUUCACCGUAGCAUUUUACCCUAAAGAUCCAAAAAGAGGACAGAAUUGGGUCAUUGCGAAGACGAUACCAGAAAACAUAUGCUUGUAUUCUACAUUCACAGACGGUGAAGGUGUAUGUGGGUUUAAUAGCAUUUGCACCCUUACAAAUGACCAAAGGCCGAAUUGUACCUGCCCAGACGGAUAUUCUCCAAUUGAUUCAAAUAACAUGUAUGCUGGCUGCAUACCGAAUUUCCAAGUCAUUUGUCAAGCAGGUGGGAACAAGGGUUGGCAAGAUGAUAUGUAUACAAUGAAGGAAUUGCCAAAUACAGAUUGGCCUAAAUCUGAUUAUGAAAUAAUCAGUCCAUCUACUUUGCAAGAAUGUAAGGAAUCAUGUUUGCAAGAUUGCUUAUGUGUUUUGGUUUCUUUCAACCAAAGUUCUUGCUGGAAGAAGAAACUCCCACUAUCUUAUGGAAGAAAUGAUCAGGUAGUAAAAGGAAUUUCUGUCAUGAAAUUGAUGAAAAAUGAUCCUUUUUCUUCCUUGCCAAAUCAAAAGAAAGAUCAUGAAACCUUGAUUAUUGUGAUUUCAGUCCUUUUAGGAAACUCUGUGCUUGUCAUUUUGACAUUACUCGGGGCAAUGUUUUUUGGGUUUCCUGACAACCGCAAGAAGAUCAAGAGUUUUAGAACCAACAAAAAUGUUGUUGACACUAACCUGCGUAAUUUUAGUUUCAAGGAAAUCGUUGAAGCAACAAGUAACUUCAAAGAAGAACUUGGAAGAGGGUCUUGUAGCAUUGUGUACAAAGGAACAAUAGAGAUGAUGGUCAAUGUAGCAGUUAAGAAACUGGAUAAAUUGCUUCAAGAUAGGGAUAAGGAAUUUCAGACUGAAAUGAGUGUGAUAGGACAAACUCAUCACCGCAACCUUGUCCGACUUCUUGGAUAUUGCAAUGAAGGACAACAUCGGAUUUUGGUAUACGAGUUAAUGAGCAAUGGAACUUUAGCAAGUUUCAUUUUCACAACUUUAAAACCAAAUUGGAACCAACGGUUCCAGAUUGUUCUUGGAAUCGCAAGAGGUCUUGUUUACUUGCAUGAGGGAUGUUGCACCCAAAUCAUCCAUUGUGAUAUUAAACCGCAAAAUAUACUUCUGGAUGAUCAAUACAAUGCUAGGAUUUCAGAUUUUGGAUUAGCAAAGCUGUUGCUGAUUAAUCAGAGCCACACCGAGACUGGAAUUAGAGGAACCAAAGGGUAUGUUGCGCCGGAUUGGUUUAGGAGUGCACCAAUCACUGCAAAGGUUGAUACUUAUAGUUUUGGUGUAUUGUUGUUAGAGAUCAUUUGUUGUAGGAAAAAUGUAGAGAAGGAAUUCGUCAAUGAAGAACAAGGGAUUUUAACUGAUUGGGCUUAUGAUUGCUAUAAGACCAAAAGACUUCACAAUCUCUUAGAAAAUGAUAAUGAGGUCGGAAAUGACACGAUGAGUUUGAAAAAGUUAGUCAUGAUUUCUAUUUGGUGUAUUCAGGAAGAUCCUUCUCGUAGACCAUCAAUGAAAGAGGUUUUACUGAUGUUAGAAGGAAUUGUUGAAGUUGUGGCUCCCCCAAGUCCUCAUCUCUAUGGUUCUGUAAGCUGUGCUGCAGCAGUUCCUAACAAGUUGCUGCAACUAGUGUUGCGAUUAUUGGAUACUUACUUGAAUUCUUGGCAGGAUUCCGCAGAGGAAAACUGUUUUAGCUUCCAUAUGGUUAUGCAAAGUUCACUUCUGUUCUUCUUCACACUUCAUCUAUCAAUAACAGUUGUAACUUCAGCGAAAUUAACUAUAAUUAACCAAUGCAAUUACACGGUGUGGCCAGCUUCAUUAAGUAACAGCGGAAACGCAACAUCCACCGGAUUCAUUUUAAAACCCGGCGAGAAUUCCACAAUCACAACCUCCGAUAUAUGGACCGGCCGCGUAUGGGGCCGGACUCUCUGCACAACAGAUUCCACCACCGGAAACUUUUCCUGCGUCACCGGCGAUUGCGGCUCAGGAAGGAUUGCAUGUGAUCAACGCGGAUCACCGCCUUUGACCCUGGCAGAGUUCGGUUUGAACGAUCAAGAUUUUUACGAUGUCAGCUUAGUUGACGGUUAUAACGUUCCAAUGAAUAUUGUUCCGUUGGAUAGUUCAGGAAAGUGUAACACCACGGGUUGUUCAACCGAUCUGAACGCGAUGUGUCCGACAGAGUUGAAGACAAUUAAUAAUGGAAAACUUGUGGCGUGUCAAGGUCCUUGUGCUGCUUUUAAUUUGCAGUUUUUCUGUUGUGCUGGGAAUCAUUCAACGCCAGAGACAUGUGAGCCGAGUGUGUAUGCUAAGAUUUUCAAGACGGCGUGCCCUGCAGCCUAUAGCUAUCCGUUUGACAUUACAACCAGCACGUACACUUGUUCCUCGACCGAUUACCAUGUCGUCUUUUGUCCUGCCAAUAACACCAGCUUAAAUUCAGUAGAUCAAGCUGGCAGUGUGAGUGUUGGUGAGUCACUUGUUGCGGGUGGUGGAACAACUCGAUGGCUCUCUCCGUCUGGAGAUUUUGCAUUUGGGUUUUACCAAAUUCCCAGUGAGCUUUUCUUACUAGCUAUAUGGUAUGAAAAGGUACAAACUGAUGCAGUCAUUUGGUAUGCAAAUGGAGACAGCCCUGCACAGAAGGGUUCAAGAUUGGUAUUAAAUGGCUCUAGUGGCUUGGUGCUUACGAACCCUCAAGGUUUAGAGCUAUGGAGAUCAGAUUUCAGAUCAGGUACAAUUUCUAAAGGCAUAAUGAAGGAUGAUGGAAACUUUCAAUUGCAAGACAAAAACUCCGGCACAAUUUGGGACAGCUUUAGUCAUCCUACAGACACCAUUGUACCUAAUCAGGAAAUGGAGUUAAAUGGAAAUCUUUCUUCACGACAAGGAGCGUUCAACUUCUCACGUGGAAGGUUUAAACUUCAUCUACAAGAGGAUGGGAAUCUUGUGCUUAAUCUUAUAAAUUUGCCGAGCAACUAUAGUUACGAUCCUUACUACAGUUCUAGCUCCAACGGUGAUGUUAAGAAUCAAACAAAUGUUGGACAGCGGUUGAUAUUUGACAGAUCAGGUUUCUUAUACAUUGAGAAAAAAAGUGGAGAUAAUUUUUCUAUAAGCAACCAGAACGGGACAUUCUCAACCGAUAACUUCUACUACAAGGCAACAAUUAAUUAUGAUGGAGUUUUCACCGUAGCAUUUUACCCUAAAGAUCCAAAAAGAGGACAGAAUUGGGUCAUUGCGAAGACGAUACCAGAAAACAUAUGCUUGUAUUCUACAUUCACUGACGGUGAAGGUGUAUGUGGGUUUAAUAGCAUUUGCACUCUUACAAAUGACCAAAGGCCGAAUUGUACCUGUCCUGACGAAUAUUCUCUAAUUGAUUCAAAUAACGUUUAUGCUGGCUGCAUACCGAAUUUUCAAGUCAUUUGUCAAGCAGGUGGGAACAAGGAUUGGCAAGAUGAUAUGUAUACAAUGAAGGAAUUGCCAAAUACAGAUUGGCCUAAAUCUGAUUAUGAAAUAAUAAGUCCAUCCAGUUUGCAAGAAUGUAAAGAUUCGUGUUUGCAAGAUUGCUUAUGUGUUUUGGUUUCUUUCAACCAAAGUUCUUGCUGGAAGAAGAAGCUCCCACUAUCUUAUGGAAGAAAUGAUCAGGCAGUAAAAGGAAUUUCUGUCAUGAAAUUGAUGAAAAAUGAUCCUUUUUCUUCCUUGCCAAAUCAAAAGAAAGAUCAUGAAACCUUGAUUAUUGUGAUUUCGGUUCUUUUAGGAAGCUCUGUGCUUGUCAUUUUGACAUUACUCGGGGCAAUGUUUUUUACGUUUCCUUACAACCGCAAGAAGAUCAAGAGUUUUAGAACCAACAAAAAUGUUGUUGACACUAACCUGCGUAAUUUUAGUUUCAAGGAAAUCGUUGAAGCAACAAGUAACUUUAAAGAAGAACUUGGAAGAGGGUCUUGUAGCAUUGUGUACAAAGGAACAAUAGAGAUGAUGGUCAAUGUAGCAGUUAAGAAACUGGAUAAAUUGCUUCAAGAUAGGGAUAAGGAAUUUCAGACUGAAAUGAGUGUGAUAGGACAAACUCAUCACCGCAACCUUGUCCGACUUCUUGGAUAUUGCAAUGAAGGACAACAUCGGAUUUUGGUAUACGAGUUAAUGAGCAAUGGAACUUUAGCAAGUUUCGUUUUCACAACUUUAAAACCAAAUUGGAACCAACGGUUCCAGAUUGUUCUUGGAAUCGCUAGAGGUCUUGUUUACUUGCAUGACGGAUGUUGCACCCAAAUCAUCCAUUGUGAUAUUAAACCGCAAAAUAUACUUCUGGAUGAUCAAUACAAUGCUAGGAUUUCAGAUUUUGGAUUAGCGAAGCUAUUGCUGAUUAAUCAGAGCCACACCGAAACUGGAAUUAGAGGAACCAAAGGGUAUUUUGCACCGGAUUGGUUUAGGAGUGCACCAAUCACUGCAAAGGUUGAUACUUAUAGUUUCGGUGUAUUGUUGUUAGAGAUCAUUUGUUGUAGGAAAAAUGUUGAGAAGGAAUUCGUCAACGAAGAACGAGGGAUUUUAACCGAUUGGGCUUAUGAUUGCUACAAGACUAAAAGACUUCACAAUCUCUUAGAAAAUGAUAAUGAGGUCGGAAAUGAAACAAUGAGUUUGGAAAAGUUAGUCAUGAUUUCUAUUUGGUGUAUUCAAGAAGAUCCUUCUCUUAGGCCAACAAUGAAAGAGGUUUUACUGAUGUUGGAAGGAAUUGUUGAAGUUGUGGCUCCCCCAAGUCCAUAUCUCUAUGGUUCUGUAAGUUGUAAUUAAAAUUCGUUUCUUUUGAAUCGGAUUUUAGCAUUGUCUAUUGUAUUAUUUUCUUAAUACAAUUGAACAGUUAGCUUUUAUUCAUAUUGAUUUCUCACAUCACACAGAAAUUAAAUGUUUUAUUACAAAGCUAUGUUUUGCUUUUCCUUUUGCACUUAACAAAUAAGGUGUCUAGUGAUUCAGACAGAUAUUAAGAGCAUGAUUUUCCCUGUA